AUGUUCGUUAUCUAUCUAUCUCUCUAUCUAUCUAUCUAUCUAUCUCUUUAUGCCUGUUCAUAUCUAUCCAUCUAUUUCUGUCUGUUCAUAACUAUCUAUCUAUUUCUUGCUGUUAAUUAUCUAUCUAUCUAUCUAUCUAUCUAUCUAUCUAUCUAUCUAUCUAUCUAUCUAUCUAUCUCUUUCUGCCUGUUCAUAUCUAUCCAUCUAUUUUUGUCUGUUCAUAACUAUCUAUCUAUUUCUGUCUGUUCAUUAUCUAUCUAUCUAUCUAUCUAUCUAUCUAUCUAUCUAUCUCUUUCUGCCUAUUCAUAUCUCUCCAUCUGUUUCUGUCUGUUCAUAACUAUCUAUCUAUUUCUAUCUGUUCAUUAUCUAUCUAUCUAUCUAUCUAUCUAUCUGUCCACGCGUAUUGUUUCAUCUCCUCCUCGUCCUCUUCUUCUUCUUCUUCUUGUCGCCCUUCUUAUACUCCUACUCCUCCUUCUUCUUCUUCUUCCUCCUCCUACUACUACUUCUUUUCCUCCUCCUCGUUCUUCUUCUUCUUCUUCUUCUUAUUCCUCCUCAUUCUUCUUCUCUUCCUCCUCCCCGUCAUUUUUCUUCUUCUCCUUCUCCUCCUCCUACUUCUUCUUCUCCUUCUUCCUCCUCCUCCUCAUUCUUCUUCUUCUUCUUCUUCUUCUUCUUCUUCUCAUACCUACAUGUUAA